UAGUUAUUUUACAAAAAUCUACUAAAAGAGGUAUAUAGAUAGAAAUGUUUAUUCCCAGACCAACAGAGAAGCAAUGGAAAUGGAAAGCUGACUCUUGAUCCCUUUCCGACCCAACUUUAAAGAAAAGCGACGAAACGCGCCCCAUCCUCCUCCUACCAUCGCCUCCGCCCUUUUGCUUCUCCCUGUUCAUCUCCAGGCGAGAAGCCGGCGCUGUUCUGCUCUGGCUCCUUUUCAUUUUACUUCGACCUAAGGUCCAAGCUUCAAACAGAACAGAGGGUGAAUCACCCAUUACUGUCCGUGUUCCUGGGUAGUUCUUGCCUUGAGAAUUUAGUGGCUUUCGAGUCGGGUGGUAACCUUAGCUUUGAGAUUCUAUGGUUUCAUCACAUCUAAGGAGGUCUGUGGAAUUAGAUGGAUGUUCUCUCCCAGGAACUACAUUCUGAGAAUCUCACAGAUAUUAGCCCACUGUUAAUGGAGCGAACCGAGACUUUUAGGAGUACUGAUCACAUCAUCGACGUGCCUGGAAAUGUUGAUUCUUCUUCUGAAUCAACAUCCCAUGGCGGACAUUCUCUAGAAACCUUUUCAGCAGAUAGCAGGCAUUCAACUAAUUCAACACCCUCGGUUUCUCAGCCUUCAACAUCGUCAUCGAAUGUAUCAGGUGCCCGGAGUACUAGGAGAGGGGAAGCUCACAGUAGACGCAGGAGUCCAUUGAACUCAGGUCUAUGGGUAUCAUUAGAAUUGGCUCUCACAUUGAGCCAGAUCAUUGCAUCGAUUGUCGUUUUGUCCAUAUCGAAGGACGAGCACCCACACACACCCUUGUUCGUGUGGAUUAUCGGUUAUGCGUCUGGAUGCUUAGCGACUCUCCCCCUUCUUUACUGGCGAUAUCAUCUUCGAAACCAAGGGUCUGAUCAAGAUGCUGCCCAAACUCGUCAGGGUUCGACUCAUAUUAAUGUUCCCGCUGGACCAUUUUCUCUUUCAGUGACCAGGACUUCUGGUGGAGAAGAUCGUCAACCUGUAGUUGGAUCGCCUAGAGGUGGUCAAAGUACUGCAGCAGUAAAUUCGAGGGUCAAGGUCCUAGUUGAGUACUUCAAAAUGGGAUUGGAUUGCUUCUUUGCUGUUUGGUUUGUGGUGGGUAACGUGUGGAUCUUUGGUGGUCAUUCUUCGGCAACUGAUGCUCCAAACAUGUAUAGGUUAUGUAUAGUGUUUCUCACUAUCAGCUGCAUUGGAUACGCCAUGCCCUUCAUUCUGUGUGCCACUAUCUGCUGUUGUCUGCCUUGUAUAAUCUCAGUCCUCGGGUUCAGAGAGGAUCUGACCCAAACCAGAGGAGCAACACCUGAGUCGAUCAGUGCACUACCAACAUACAAAUUCAAGUCAAACAAAAGAGACGGAAAUGCAGGUGACAAUGAUGGUGGGGUGGUAGCUGCAGGAACCGAGAAGGAGCGUGUUAUCUCCGGGGAAGACGCGAUUUGCUGCAUUUGUCUGGGGAAGUAUGCGAACAACGACGAGCUGCGAGAGGUGCCAUGCUCUCACUUCUUUCACAAGGAUUGCGUGGACAAGUGGCUUAAAAUCAAUGCAUCCUGUCCUCUGUGCAAAAGCGAGGUUGGUGAAAGCAUCACGGGUUCACUCUCUGGUGUUCAAACUUGAGAGUUAACAGUGGUCCUGCUGGUGAGCUCUGAAGUACAUGUUAGAGGAGGAGAACAAAAGUGAUUAAGCUUAUACAUCUAGACAGUAUCGACCUUGAAGCUUGUAAAGAGUGCUUCUCCAAUGUUUUUCUUACUUUGUGUAAGAAUUGGCUUGAAUUCACCCGCUUCCUUCACUCUUGUUGGUCUUUGGACUAAUGAUAACAUGAUGCAAAAAAAAUGGCUAAUUGCUACUGGAAAGUGGAAAGGAAACUAUGAAUUUUACUCUCUCGAGUAUUUAUAGGUGAAGACGAGAUUGCCAU